AUGGAGAAUCUCUACUGCUGCCUCAUCACCAUCUUAUCGUGUUCUUUGCUUCUCAUCUCCAAAAACUUGCUAUUCAACCAUGUCAAGAACAAGAAGUUACCGCCAAGUCCACUUGCUCUGCCAAUAAUUGGCCAUCUUUACCUUAUCAAGAACUCACUCUUCCAAGACUUAACUUCAUUAUCAGCUAAAUAUGGUCCAAUAUUCUUUCUCCAAUUCGGUUGGCGUUCCUUUGUUGUUGUGUCGUCUCCAGCUGCCAUUGAAGAGUGCUUCACCCAGAAUGAUAUUACGCUUGCAAACCGUCCUCGGACCAUGGCUGGAGAUAGAUUGACCUAUAACUACACAGGCCCUGGGGUGGCCCCUUAUGGCGACUUGUGGAGGGUUCUUCGUGGCCUCUUUGUUGUUGAAUCUCUCUCUUUCAACAGCCUCCAGAGGACUUCAGUUAUCAGGGAAGAGGAAUGUCAGAUGAUUCUCAGGUCAAUCUACAGAGUUUCAAAGAAUGAAAGCCAAGUAAGAGUUGAUUUGAGCCAUUGGAUUUCUAUUUUCACACUCAAUGUUAUGAUGAGGAUGCUUGUUGGAAGAUGCUCCGUCAGAGAGGAGGAUGCUGGAGAGGAGUUGGGCAUGCAAAUAAUUGAAGAAUUCAGAGAAAUGUUUGGUUCAAGCAUUUCAAUGAAUUUGUGUGACUUCUUCCCUGUGUUAAGCCUGUACCCCGCAGCACCACUUCUGCAACCUCAUUAUGCAUCUGAAGAUUGCAAGGUAGGGAUGUAUGACAUUCCCAAAGUACAAUUGUUUUUGGCUAAUGCCUGGGCCGUGCAUCGGGAUCCCAACAUCUGGGAGGAGCCUGAGAAAUUCAAUUGCCAGAAAGAUUCGGAAGUGAAGAAAUUGGAUGGACAAGAAGCCGUUCAAUUUCCACAGUUCUUGCCAUUUGGGAUGGGGAGGAGAGCUUGUCCAGGAGCCAAUCUAGGCAUUUCGGACUGUUUCAUUGGCAAUCGGUACAAUCAAUCCCAAUGUUUUGAUUGGGAUAAAGUCGAACAGGAAUGGUGGGACUUUGGACAUUAA